UUAUAUAAAUCGAUUUAUAAGUUCAGAGAGCGAAAAUUCGUUGCGAUGUUUGCUUUGUAUGUAUACCCGCGCAACAUUUUACACUACCGACGGUAUCAGCGUUUUCCAGUAGACCCUGAGACACGUUCUUUCUGUCCCUCUGUCUUUUCCCAACGAUCUCAACGCCUCUGCAAACCCUAAACCUUAAGCGGAAAAGCUCGCAUCCUAUUUCAGAAUUUGUCCGUCUUUUUACUUUCUCUGGUGUCUAUUUAUAAUGGCGCCUUCUUGCUACGGAGAUGAUAAAGAAGAAGAAGUAAGCAGCCAUGGCUCAGAGGACCAACUGGAAGAUGACUUGGACGCUCUGAGAAGGGCCUGCCUUUUAAGUGGACGAGAUGCUUCGGUUUCCUCUGAUUCUCCGGACAAGAGUGAGAGUGAGGAGGUUGAUGACCUUGCAAUUGUCCGGAUGUUGCAACAGAGAUUUUCUUUGCCUUCCACUAUGGAUUUGACUAAGGUCGAUGGUGCUGAAGGUACAGAGGUUUCAGAUGAUUAUGACGAGGAUGAUAUGGAGAUUCUACGUUCAGUACAAAGGAGGUUUGGAUGGUAUCAGUUAGAUGAUUCUAUGCAAAAGGCAUCAGUGGCUAAUGCCCCUGAAAACAUACCUGAGAGCCAAACAGAUCGAGAAGGAUCAAUGGAAGAUGUUUCAAGCUCAAGGGCUUUAGUUCCUUGUUCUUCAGGCUAUUCUGGUGAGACACAUUUUGAAAACUUGUCUGCCAGUUUCAUUAGACGUGAUCCAGAAGACGUAAAUCCAGAAGGCAUAUCUUACAGUUCAUCUGCAUUGUCGUUGAAAUAUUCUAGCUUCCCAAAAACUGCACGAGUCUUCUUUGAAGCUCUUAAGAAGAACAGGUUGUGUCAAAAAUUUUUAAGGAGUAAGAUGAUUCAAAUUGAAGCAUUGAUUGAUGAGAAUAGAGAACUGAAAAGACGGGUCACAUGCUUAAGAGACUUCCAAUUGGCGUGCAAAAGACAUUCUGGACGGCUUCUUGGACAAGAAUCUGAUGCUCGUGUGAUGUUGAUUUCGCUUCCAAGGAUUGUUAGAAAGACAAAGGACAAGGAUGGCAAAGCAGGUAUGAGUCUUGGACCUGCUGAAAAUUCCCAUAUUCCUAUCUUUAAUAUUGUGCGAAGGAAGCUGCCAACAGAAGAUAGAAAGCUUUGGUCUACGGUAGAGAGGGAAAGUCUUAUAAAAGGAAUUAAACAACAAGUCCAACAAUGCUUACUUCAAAAUGCAAUGCAAGUUUACAGUUCAGAGGUGGCCUCUGGUGAUCCAAAUCACUUGGAUUCGAUUAUUGCAGAAAUUAGCAAUCUGGAAAUUACACCUCAGAAGAUUAGGACUUUUCUGCCUAUGGUUGACUGGGAGAGGUUAGCAACCAUGUAUGUGAAGGGCCGCACUGGUGCAGAGUGUGAAGCAAGGUGGUUAAACUAUGAAGAUCCUUUGAUCAAUCAUAAUCCAUGGAUGAAAUAUGAAGACAAGAAACUUUUGUUUGUUGUCCAGAACAAUGGGCUGCAUAAUUGGAGUAAUAUCUCGGAAACCUUGGGGACAAACCGAACCCCAUCACAGUGUCUGUCACGAUAUCAAAGAAGCCUUAAUGCUUACAUUCUUAAGAAAGAGUGGUCAGUGGAUGAAGAUAAUCAACUACGUGCAGUUGUAGAAAUUUUUGGUGAGGAUAACUGGCAGCUGGUAGCCUCUCAUAUGGAAGGACGGACUGGGGUCCAAUGUUCAAAUAGAUGGUUGAAAACCCUUCACCCUUGUAGAAAAAGGGUGGGAAGAUGGACUGUGGAAGAGGACAAGCGCUUGAAAGUAGCCAUCAUGCUUUUUGGUCCUAGAUCCUGGAAAAAGAUUGCUGGAUUUGUCCCUGGUCGUACUCAAGUUCAAUGUAGAGAAAGGUGGCUCAAUUCUCUGGAUCCAUCUUUGAAGCUUGAGGAAUGGACUGAUGGAGAGGACUCCAAGUUGAAAGCUGCAAUAGCUGAGCAUGGAUACUGCUGGUCUAAGAUUGCAUCGCAUGUGCACCCUCGCACUGAUAGUCAGUGUAGACGGAGAUGGAAGGUUUUGUUUCCAGAGGAAGUACCAGUGGCUCAGAAAGCUCGAAAGUUACAAAAAGCGGCUCUUAUUUCUAACUUUGUGGGUCGGGAAAAGGAGCGACCUGCAAUUGGUCCUGAUGAUUUUGUUCCAGUUUCUGAGGAAAAUAGUCCUGAUAGUCUUGUGCCAGUUUCUGAGGAAAAUAUGUUACUUGGUGCUUCAGAUGGACAUGUUGGGACCAUGAAUAAGACAUGUACUACUCCCAAGUUGAAAAAGAAAAGGAGGCAGAAAGGCAGAGCCUCAGAUGAUUUGGUUCCAGUUUCUGAGGAAAAUGUGUUACUUGAUCCUUCAGAUGGACAUGUUGGAAACAUGAAUCAAACAUGUACUACCCCCAAGUUGAUAAAGAAAAAGAAGGGGGAAAACAGAGCCUCUGGUGAUGUCGCCAAACGAGGUGUCUUCAAAUCGAGGACUAAAAAGAACUCCCUUGAAGAUGCUCUGAUUACAGAAGGUGGAGGCUCACAAAGCAAUUUAUGUGACAGUGGAAAUGCUUCCAGAAAAGCCAGCUCUAGAAAAUCAUUGAAUAAAAAGAAAAGACUUGUAGAAGAUAGGAAUCUGACAACGCAGGAAAACUUCAAAUCUCAUAAAGAAUCUAAGCGAAGGAAGGGAGCAUUAUCUAAUGAAGACACUUGUCUAAACAUGAUUCAUGAGAUUCCUCCAUUAAAUAGUUUCCAUGAAAAGAAGCAGAAGGAUAAACAGAUUAAGUCAGUUUCUCUUCCUGUGAAUAGUCCCACCAAAAAGAAGCAAAAGAAGAAACCAGUUAAGUUGGGGCAUGUUAGUAUAAGGGAGAACCGUGGAGCUACAAAAUCCUCAAUGAAACCCAUUUCCCUAAGAAAAUUGAAGCAGGCAAUCCGAGAGGAAGCAGUCACUAGUAUUGUUUCAGAGAGGAGCUGUGUAGUGGAACGAGCUGCAUUUCAAGUAACAGACUCAUCGAAGGAGAGAGGAAGGGAUAACUGUGAUCAGAAUCAAGGACCUAAUGCAAUGGACGAGAAUACCUUGGUUCCCUUGCAGCAUUAUGGACCUCUAUUAAAUACCAGAGAAAAUGUUAGUGAUGCAAAUCCCCAUGAGACUGCUCACAUUACUGAAAUGGCAUGUUGCCCCUUAGUAGGUUGCUCAUCCAGUGAGCCUAUUACCAUGAAAGAGUCUCCUGAAUUGUCUUUGAAAGAAGAUAAAAUGUGUGAACAGUGUCUAAAUCAGAGACAAGAUGCUGAUGGGUCAGAUGUUUCACUUCCUCAGGACACUUUACUGGACAAAAAUGAGAACUCAUCACUGCUUGCAACCAAUCUUGCAUUGGUUUCCUUAGCAGAGCGUGAGCAUGCUUCUCCAAAGAAGAGUCGUAGAGCCUCCAGAAAAAAUAUAGAUUACAGUGAAAUGGUUAAGGGAAAAGUCUGGCAUUGAUUAUGAGUUGAAUUGGAAAUUUGAUGGAUGUUUAAAGAGUAUCACUUGAAGAAAGAUUUUAAAAUAUGGCUACUUGUUUGAGUAGUUGUUUCUGUUGUGGUUUCUGCUAAUCCUGAUUGAUCCGAAUAAUGGGAGGAGGUCCAAUCCUAUUAUCUUUGAAAAUUUGGACCCUUUAUCAUCUAUGGAUUGCAAACAGGCAUGCCCCUGUUUCUCCGUGUCCUCUGGUUGCUGCAACAUGCUGGGACGGCUGGUCUACCUCAAGCUUAUAAAAAAUGUACCGCUGGUAACCAGUGGAUGUUAUUUACUUUUGAUAUUUAUUUUUUGUUUUUUUAAUUGCAUUAUCUUCAAAUAGAAAUUCGACCUUUUAGAUGGUCAAGUUGUUUGUCAUCAACCUUCCCUUUGGAGACUUCAACUCGUCUGUGAUCAGAUUUUUGAUAUCACAAGGUCCUUAACGGUCUCUGCCAACCAUGUUUGGAGAGACGCUAAUGAGCAGAUGCAUUGGCCAAGGAGGGCAAAUUGCCCAAAAUUUGUCACAUCCUCAGCGUGGAAUGAAUGGUUAGGCCUACAUUUUUGUAUAG